UCGAGUCACUCCUAGCGGUACGUCACAUAAUGACAGCGUGCUGAGAUAAAAAGGCUUCAACAGGGGAUUUAAACUGUUGUCUGGACGAGUUCACAGAGACCGGAGAUUUACAUGAAUAGCAGGAGUCAGACUCUAUUAGUUUAGUUUGUAUUACUAAAGUCUGUUUAAUAUCUGAAUUUAAAAGACUGUCUAGUGUGAGGUAGCUAGCUAAGACUGUUAGCUGUUAGAAAGCCAAAUCGUCCUGUCGGGUGUCUCGAGUCACACCCUAAUCUACAGUGUCCUGUUAUCGGUCAUACAGAUACACACAGAUGGAUUAUUUCUGGGCUGCUUCUAGUUUCUAUCAUAUAAGUAACUUCAUAACUAAGUAGCAUCAUAGGAGUCAUGCAUGUCCAGUCACAGUCUAGUUUAUUGUGGGACAGAUAACGUUAGCCAGCUAGCUAGUGUGUGAUCUCUCAUCACUGUUACUGAGAAAGAUGAGCUCACCGAUGUACACGUUUGUGUUGCGAGAUGACAACAGCACUGUGUAUGCCGAGGUCGCCAAAAUCCUUAGCUCUACUGGAAAAUGGAAACGACUAAAGAAAGACAAUCCUCGAUUUAAUUUAAUGCUGGGGGAGAGAAAUCGACUGCCUUUUGGACGACUGGGUCAUGAACCGGGACUGAUGCAGCUAGUGAAUUAUUACAGAGGAGCUGAUAAACUCUGUCGCAAAGCAUCACUGGUCAAGAUUAUCAAGACCAGUCCAGAGUUGAAGGAUUCUUGUAACUGGUUUCCUGAGUCUUACACUAUAUACCCGACCAACCUCAACACCCCAGUAGCUCCAGCCACCAAUGGCAUCAGUCACAUGAAGAGCAACCCAAAAACAGAUGAGCGAGAGGUCUUCUUAGCAUCAUAUCAAUCCAGAAAAGAAAGCGGAGAGGGGACAGUGUGGAUCGCUAAAGCAUCAGCAGGUGCAAAAGGUGCAGGCAUUAUGAUAUCCCAUGAUGCAAACCAAUUGCUGGACUUCAUUGAUAAUCAAGGUCAGGUGCACGUCAUUCAGAAAUAUCUAGAAAAACCACUGCUGCUAGAACCAGGACAACGCAAAUUCGAUAUAAGGAGUUGGGUGCUUGUAGACCAUCAGUAUAAUAUCUACUUGUAUCGUGAGGGUGUGUUAAGGACGUCAUCGGAGCCGUACAACAGCACCGAUCUCCAAGAUAUGACCAGUCACCUGACCAAUCACUGCAUCCAGAAAGAGCAUUCUCAAAACUACGGCCGCUACGAAGAGGGCAACGAGAUGUUCUUUGAUGAAUUCAGACAGUACCUGUUGAGUGCACACAACGUUGCCAUGGAAACAUCAAUUUUACCUCAGAUCAAGCAUAUAAUCAGGAGCUGUCUCGUAUGCAUCGAGCCAGCCAUCAGCACUAAACAUCUUUCCUACCAGAGCUUCCAGCUCUUUGGAUUUGACUUCAUGUUAGAUGAGAGCUUUAAAGUCUGGCUAAUUGAGAUCAAUGGGGCACCUGCUUGUGCACAGAAACUCUACCCUGAGCUGUGUCAAGGCAUCGUUGACGUGGCCAUCUCCACAGUGUUUUCUCUGAGCGCAGAUCCCCUCUCAUCCUCUCCUCCGUUCUCCACUUCUCCAUCUGUCUCCUCCAAUAACUGCUCCUCACCCAAAAUCAGAGCACCCAAUCACUUUGGCCCAUUCAUUAAACUAUAACUUGCAGUAGCCCUGCUGAUGCGGUAUUGCCGCUCCAUAGUUUUGCCCAAAAACAACUUAAGCUAUAUUGUGUCUCUCUAUGAAUGUUACUGGUCUGGAGCGUAGCUCUUCUUUCAACCUUCUCUACCUGCUUCUGCUGUCAUCUAUUAAGUAAACAGAGGUCAUAUGAAUUAAGUGAACCUGAGUUUGAAAGGUGAAGAGAAUCCUACACAUCACAGCAUCCAGGUGAUUGUUUCAAAUGCCAAGUGUGUACGCUUACUUUGCUUUUUGCAAUUGAAGCUACAAAUGUUUAGGGAUUUCAAAAUGUGACUUAAGACAUGGAUUGCAAGCAUGCAUUUGAAUGAGGAGUUACUGUACACCAAAGAAGAUGCUUUAGAUCUCUGUUGUGUCCACCUGACUCCUCAGGACUUUCCCAGGCGUCUUGAUGUAACAAAUGAUGGAUUAGAACUUUCUUCCUGAGACUUUAGUGCCUUACGUGCUGUAUUCACACCGUCGACACGAACUCCCAUCAUGCUCGGCUAGACAUUCGUAACCUCUUUCUGUAAAAUCUUUGUGUCCCAUCCGCUGUAUUGACUGUAAAAAUCUUGCGUGUAUUGAAUGGUUUUGUCACUACAUGUGGAUCUUUCUCAGAUUCAUAUUCUUAUAAUUUGCAGUGUAUUGUUUGUUGUAAUGUCUACAGGAAGUAUUUGUUAAAGAUGUAAGUGUUGUUUUGCACUGUUGUUUUGUCACUGUUUCAUCAGAGACCAGAAGUGUGUGUUAGGUAUUAAAACUUUCAUUGGUUUUGUUUCGGUUUGCAGUCACAUUUAUGGUCUGUUAUUGGGUUACAAUUACUGUCAGAAUAUUAUAUUCACGAAUUAAAAAGCCUGUAAUUGCCAAUUUUGAUGGCAAAUGAUUAGUUUACUUCCAAGUCAGUUCAGUAUGAUUUUUCUUGUCUGAAUGAGAAAACCUUUUAUGAAUUAAGAUGUUGCAUGUCAAUGCAUGUCAAAUCCUGUGUUCUUUAUACAUUUUUUACCUAGUUAAGGAGAUUUCUCCAAGUUAGUAACGUUUUCUCUCUGUUAUAAAGACGGAUGCUUUAUAUUUCUGUACUUUGUUAUAUCAUCUGUUACAUUUUGAUAGUACAUACAUUCACAAAAAAUCAAUGAGUUUUUUUUAAAUAAAAGCAAAACUGUAAAAAAGUUGGUUUAACUUAAUAAAGUAAGUAUCCUGGUUGCCUUAAAAAUUCAUUAGUUAAACUUACCUGUAGUAAGUAACUUUAGUUAACUAAUAUUUUUUAAGUUAAAUUAACUAAAAAAAUGUAAGGUAACCAGGUAGCUUACUUUUUAAGUUGGACCAACAAAUCUUUAUUUACAGUGCAGGUUUUUUUGUAGUGUAGAAUGUGACGUGUCUGAUGUGAAACUGAUUUCUACUUGUUUAUGAUGUUCAUCUUGCCUGCAUGCAGAUGCAGACUAAAAGCAGUAUUGUUUUAUUUUCAGAAAAGGGAAGGAUUUAUUAGAACAGUAUUAAAUCUCUUUGAAAGUGAAAAACAUCAUACAUUAUUUACAUAUUUCAUUUAUUUUUUCAUUACCCUUUUUGAAGUCUCUCAACUCCUUUAUCUAGACUUUGCUGUUCGCUUUGAGCUGUCUUUGAAAAUAAACUGAAAAGAGUUUGUAUGUAGACUGAAUGAGUGAUAACAAUUUCAUCUAACCAAAGAUCAAGUGUGAUUAUUGAAAUAUCUUUACUGUCUAAUUUCCUUAUAUGGAAUGCUGUAUCUGUCUGAAGAAAGAACAACACAAUGUGUUUCAAUUCCUAUAUACACUUGUAUUUUUUCUGUUGUUAUAGCAAAGUACACUGUUGCUGUUUUGAUUUAGACAAAGUGUUUAUUAUUCAUAUCACAGCAUCAUCAUGUGCAAUAAAUAAUCUGUUUCUUAAA